CUUAGAAAUCCCUCCGCCGGUUUGUCUCCCACUCCCAGGGGCCCGAACCCUCACUUCCUAUACCUCUCUUUUAUCUACUGUUACUCUUCAGUCUCUGCCGCUUCUGGAGAACAAUCAGUCUCAAGACGAUCAGAAGAACGCUAGGGUUUUCUGGUGAAGAUGGUUGCUGACAAGGCAAAGAAACCGAAGGUCGCAGAGAGAGGUGAAGAGGAAGAUGCAGAUCACAUUGAUGGCGAGCUCGUUCUUUCCAUCGAGAAGUUGCAGGAGAUACAAGACGAGCUGGAGAAGGUUAACGAGGAAGCAAGUGACAAAGUCUUGGAAGUGGAGCAAAAGUACAACGAGAUACGCAGGCCUGUCUAUGAGAAACGGAAUGAAAUCAUCAAAUCUAUUCCUGACUUCUGGUUGACUGCUUUUCUCAGUCAUCCUGCACUUGGUGAUCUGUUGAGCGAGGAAGACCAGAAGAUUUUUAAAUACCUAAGCUCUUUGGACGUAGAAGAUUUUAAAGAUGUGAAAUCGGGGUACUCAAUUUCUUUUAACUUCAAUCCAAACCCUCAUUUUGAAGAUACAAAGCUUACAAAGACUUUUACUUUCUUUGACGAAGGCACAACUAAAAUAACUGGUACAACGAUAAAGUGGAAAGAGGGCAUGGACAUCGCUAAUGGUGGUAAUCAUGAGAAGAAAGGGAUCAAAAGGCCUAUAGCAGAAGAAAGCUUCUUUAGCUGGUUUAGUGAAACUCAACAAAAGGACAUAUCAGAUGGCCUCCAUGAUGAGGUGGCUGAGAUAAUCAAGGAGGAUUUAUGGCCCAACCCUCUCAAAUAUUUUAACAAUGAGGCUGAUGAAGAGGAUAUUGAUGGAGAUGAAGAUGAUGAAGAGGAUGAGGAAGAGGGAAAGGGUGCUGAUGUGUUCGAAGAGGAAGAGGAAGAUGAUGAUGAUGAUGAUGAGGGUGGUGAUGAGGAAGAAGACAGCUAAAUUUUGUCCGGCAGCUUUUGGUAUCAUUCGUUGUUAAUGGCUCGGUUGAAGCUUAAUCUCUGAUGGUUACAGAUGGCCUGGUGAGGGAGGAUGAAGGCCCUUUUAUUGUCUUUGAUGGUAGCGAUUUACUCUAUAGCCGACUGUCA